UUUAAAUUCCAGAGUAAUUCUUCUUAACCAAGACAAUUAAAAAACUUCCUGGGAAGAGCUUGACAAGGAAAUAAAAUAUGUCCCUAAGAAAAUUUCAUCAAAUGGCUGUUUUUAUGGGUAUUCAGUGUAUUGCAGCAGGUGCUUUUACAUACUACUAUAUACAAAAUUCUCCCAACUCCUGGGCAAAAUGGUCUCCUGUUUCGGCAUCGUCCCCUGGUCCAGGCUGCACAGUUGGGGGCUGCAGUGGUUCUUCCUGCCACACCAAAGAGCCAACAGAAGCUGUUCAGCAAGGUUGGUCACCGUUCCAACAGAGGUAAUCAGGUCCCUGGGUUGGUGACUCUCCUCAAUUAUCACCAAGGGGUCCUUCUUGUGGGACUCGGCCUGCAUCACAAUAACGAUGGACACAGGUAUCGUGGGUUGGGGCCCCAUCUCCACUCUCAGAUUGCACAGGGCACCUCGGGAGAAAAGACACAACACCAAUUGUCUCGAACUGUGAGUUAUCCACCUAGCUCUCAAGCAGUUCUGAGACCUUGUGAUGAACUCACAUGUACUAGUUCUCACAGACAAUAUAACAACAAAAGCACACAUAAACUGACAAAGAGACACGUGGUCCCACGCUCUGAUGGACGAGGUGAAUCGCCUGGGCACCUGGGCGGAACAUCCUCUGUUGUCACUCCACGAGAAACACAUUAGUGGCGUAGACAAAGUCCAAGCAGACUGGCUGAGCCAAUCCCAAGUCGAUCACACGGAAUGGAGCAUAACACCAGAGCUGUUCCAUAAAAUGAUCCACAGGUUCGGCGUUCCAGUGAUAGAUCUGUUCUCGACUCAUCUCAACAAACUGCCCAUCUUCUUCACCAGGUAUGCAGGCCCGGGGUCGGCGGGGGUAAAUGCCCUUCGUUGCACGUGGCCAGAGGGUCUCCUCUACGCAUUCCCCUCUCUUUCGCUAGUCCAGAGGGGGAUCCGCAAGAUGAUCAAAGAGCAGGCCGAGCUCCUCCUUCUGUUCCCCCACUGGCCGUGUUUCCCGGACUUGGUCAACCUCUCCAUGGCCCCUCCAUGGCAGAUCCCUAUUCCCAGGGCCACAUUGACACAGGGCUCUCUCAUCCAUCUGGACCCACUCUGGUUGCAGUUGACCGCUUGGAGAUUGAGCAGACAACCCUAGCAGUGCCGAAUCUCUCUCCAAGGGUCAUACAAAUUCUCCAAUCCUCAAGGUGCACCUCCACCAACCGUAUAUAUGAUGUUACCUGGAGGGUCUUUCACACCUGGUGUGACAGUCACGAUAUUGUCCUGACCUCGGCAUUGGUCCUGUCGAUCUUGAACUUCUCCAGCAAGGACUGGAUGCGGGUCUUUCCAUCAACACCCUAAAAAGGCAAGUGGUUGCGUUAGCAUCGGUUCUACUCUCCAUCAUUCGAGAUUCUCUCCACCAUCCUUUAGUGACUUGUUUGCUCCGGGGGCCAACAUCAAUCAGAUUCACCACCUGGGAUUUGGGCAGGGUUCUGGACACUCUCACAAGAUCUCCCUUUGAACCACUUCGUACCAUCUGCAUGAGGUACCUGUCCCUCACAGUUGCCUUUUUGGUAGCAAUUACUUCAGCACACUGCAUUUCCGAAAUUGCAACUCUGUCCACUGGGCAAGACUUUUGUAUUUUCCAUGAGGCAGGGUAGUGCUUCAGCUUGACCAGCGUUCAUCCUGAAGGUCAACAGUAGGUUCCACAGGGCCCAGGAGAUCAUUCUACCCAAUUUCUGCUCUCCCCUGCCCACAGAUUUGAGCACAAAUGGGACAAGCUGGACGUGCGCCGUGCACUCCACAUCUACAUUUCCAUCUUUUUGACACUCAGGGGCCCUGUUUGUUUCUUUUCAUCAAACUAACAUGGGUGCCAAAAUCUCUUCCAGGUCCAUUGGACAUUGGAUCAGGUCCUGCAUCUUGAAAUCCUAUGGAGCUCAGGGACUGCGGCUCCCUCCUCAUGUGACACCACAUUUGACGAGAAGUGUGGCCAUUUUGGCAGUUUGGUCUACCCAAGUGUCAGUCGAGGAAAUCUGCAAAGCAGCCAUGUGGUCUUCACCAUCUCUGUUUGUAAAUAAUUAUAGAUUAGACAGAUAUGUGUCAGCAGAUGCUGCUUUUGUCAGGAGGGUUCUCCAACAAGUCAGAACAGGACAAUCAGCCUCAGGCCAGUCAUCUACCCGCUCUUAAUAUCAUGGGCAAACUUUGGUAUGUCCCAUCCUGGCUGCUGUCUCCACCAACUGGGGAGACUUGGCGUUGGUCCUUACCUGAUAUGUCCUUUCUCCGGACGGUGGAGACAGUAGCCAGCCCCAUCUCAUAAGAUGACUAAACUCUGAGAGACUGUUAGCGAUUCAUGGAUUAGGAAUAGUUUAGGGCAUACUGGAGGAGAGCAUGAUUAUGUUAUCGGAUGUUGUGAUUUACACAAUGCAUCAGUCUACAGAUCUACCUUCGUUAAAGCUGGGAGAAGUCACCAGUGGUACCAGUGGUGUCACAGCUGUAGGCUCAAUCCUAUUGGUCAUUAGACAGAGACAACCCAUCUUGGCUGCUGUCUCCAUCAUCGGGAGAAAGGGCAUAUCAGGGGUUUUCUCUAAAACAACAUACUAUCAGGAUGCUCUUAAGCAACUUCAAGCAGACCCCUUAGCCCUAGAAGCACUUGGUGCUCCCCCUCUGAAAGUUCACUACAUCAGCUUGAGAGACAAGAGCAACCGCGUUGAUAAGUCAACUGCCCAGGUAAAAAUACCAGUAUCUGGGAAAAAGUCAGGUGGUUAUCUUCAUGUUAAUUCAGAAAUGGAUUUUUCCCUCAACAGCUGGAGUCUACAGGAAGUCACGCUACAGCUCUGCAAUGGCCACAGAAUUCCAGUGUAUGUUUCUUCUAUGAAGACUAUUUCUGGAUAAAAUACAUAAUAUGUAGAACUGAAUUAUUAUUAUUAUUUGUAUUAGUAUAUUCAAAUCCAA